AACUAUACAGAGAAACCCUGUCUCGAAAAACAACAACAACAACAACAAAAAGAAACAAAACAAAACAAAAGUUGUCCUCUGACCACAUGCAGGAGACAACCUGUACAACACAGAGAAUAUUUUCAAAGCUGGGUGUGGUAGCAUGCACUGUAACCCCAGGCAGGGGAAGUGGAGUAAGAGGUAUGAUAUGCCCGGGGCCUUCCAGGCCUGCUAACCUAACCUACCAGACAAGUUCCAAGCCAGUGAGCCUGUCACAAAAACAAGAGGGAUAGCUCUUGAGGAAUGAUACUAGAGGUCGUCUUUGGGCCUCCAUAAGCAUGUGCAUCCAUAGCGUGUGAUCUCCAGCCCCACCCAAAUCUCUCUGGAUACAAAGGGCCAUCGGGACAUCUGCCACAGGAUCCUGCCUUCUGUGACCACAGCCACCAUCAGGUUGAAGUUGGCGUUUUUUGGCUUGCUGGUGGUGAGGGGCACUUUUAGAAAGGCGUCCCCGAGAGACUAACUCCUCUUUCACGUGUCCUCCAGUGGACAUUUGCAUGCGUGGGAAUCUGAGGGUACAGUUGGUUACCAGAGACCAAUCUGGUUUGGUUUCCCUAUCCUGGGGUAUCCAUCACCCCAAACUCAUUGAAGAACAGCAGUUAACAGUUUGGCACACUGCUCAGCAGCCAUGUUUCCCGAAUAACUCAGAAGCAAAGGCACAAACAUCAUCUCUGGGCGGGAAGGGAAAGAACGCUGAGGACCUACAAACGACUAGAGGCUCAGCGAGGUGGCUCCUCCGCCCCUCUUCUAAUCGUUUGUGCCUUCACUGCAUCCACAGCCGUUUCUGCACCCUGGCUUUCUGGCUUUCGAGAUUGCCCCAGGCUGCCCCUGGCUGUACUCCUCCACCCCCAUAUCCAGUCAGCUGAUUGGUAGAGAUGCCCCCCCCCCCCGCUCCCCGCCCUUGUGAAAGUUUGGUCCCAGCGGUGCAGGACUCCUACUCUAGCCUACGAAUCCUAAACUCAAAUUCCUGCGCUCGGGCGUGGGAGGGUUAACUUGAAGGGGUGGAGAUUCCAACAAGGAGGCUGACCCAAGGCUGACCCAGUUGGGUCGGCCUCCCUUAGACCUAGGAGUCCUGGUGUCACUGGCCACUGGGACACACGCACCCCUGUGUACAGGUUCCUUGCUCACUCCAAGUCAGGAGAGGGCGUGGAGAGAUGCAGGGUAGCUAGGCCGGUUGCAAUCUCCCAGGUCUACUUGUCCCAAGCGGGCAGAAGCUCGGGAGGCCAGACCCAUUGGUCCUUCUGGGGACAGUUUACUGCCUUUGGCUAGAAAUGAAGCCUGCAGGUACGGAGCCCACAGUCUCCUCCGGGGCCGAGUCCACCGACGUGUCCCUCAGCUCGCCGUUUCCUUGGCCCUGCCCGCCCGACGUGCGGCUCUGUGGCCAUCUGAGGAAGCAGAAGUCCCAGCGCCGCCGCUUUUUCGUGCUGCGCGCUGACCCACCACGCCUGGAGUGCUACGAGAACGAGAAGAAGUUCUCGGCCAGCGGCUGCCGCCCACCUCGACCCCGGCGUACGGUUAGCUUGGAGGGUGCCUGCACUAUUAGCAAGCGCGCGGAUGCCCGUCAGCGCCACCUGAUCGUCAUCUACACCAGCGACAGCAGCCUGGGCGUGGCGGCGGCCAGCGAAGCGGAGCAGCAAGCAUGGUACAGCGCCCUGCUCGAGGUGCGCGCCACCGCCGCUGCAGCUGCUGCUACCGCUAUGGGUUUCAGUCCCCAAGAGGCCCCUGAGUCUUGGAUCUUCGCCUCGUUCCAGGACGUCUGGCCUGUGACACUGCGGUCCAAGGGGCUUGGGAGAGCACGAGGCCUGAGCAGCGGCAGCUACCGUCUGUGCCUGGGUUCUGGGGCCCUGAGCCUCCUGCGAAAGCCGGGCAGCAGAGGCUCCAAAGACAGCCGGGGUACGCCACCACCAGUCCUGCGCCUGUCCUUGCUCAGUGUGCGCCGCUGCGGCCACGCAGACUCUUUUUUCUUCCUGGAACUCGGGCGCUCAGCGCCCAUGGGUCCUGGUGAGCUGUGGCUGCAGGCCCCUGACGCAGUUGUGGCCCAAAGCAUUCAUGAGACAGUCCUGAAUGCCAUGAAGAGACUGGGGAGCAAUGCAGCCAGUGGCAAAGCUGAGCCGCCGCAGGGAAAUCCUCCAAAGAGUGUUCCUGCAGCUCCUACCCCGACACCAUAUGAAAUCCCUGCUUCGGCAAUGGCAGCACAAGCAAGAAGCCCGGGUGAGCAAGCAAAGCAGGACUACCUGAAGCCCCCGGAAAGGAUGGGGUCGACACACUCCUCCAGGGGACUAGAUCUGGGCGGGGACUACAUCACCAUGGGAGUCAGGAAUGACUAUGUGCACAUGGCUGGAGGAGAAGCAGGUGACUAUAUGUGGAUGGCGCCCCCAGGCCUUCCUCCCACCCCUGCCAGGGCUGGUCCUAGUAAGCAGCUUGAGGAUUGUGAGAGCACAGAGUAUGUGCCCAUGAACAGAUUUUUUCCCGGGUCGUUUUACUACGAGCUCAAGGCCAGGGAGUCUGAACUGGGGCAUCCAGGUGCCCACUGUAGCAUGAGGAACAGAUGGAGACCCACAGUGACUCAGCCCUGCUCUUCCCAAGGGUCAGAGCUCUCUGGGGACUACAUGUACAUCCCUGACUAUGUAGGAACGGACAGUGCUAGGCUGGGGUCUCUGGACAGCUGCCUCAACUAUGUGGACCUGGACCUAGUCCCUCCCUUGGAGGUUCCUGGAGCAGCCCCAGGGAAUAGUCCACAUAGCUAUGCCAGCAUCAAGUUCUAGAACUUUCAGGAGAUAGUCAGGUGAGGAGACUCAGGCAUUAGUCAGGGAAAAGAGGAAAAGAAGAGAAAAUCUGGGUUGGUGAGAUGGCUCAGUGGUUAAGAG